CGGCAACCAAUACGCAAACACUUUAUGUGUCAUUUGUUAAUCUCAUCGUAAACGACGAAGAAACUUUACUGAACGGUACGAUUCACUCGUCUUUUAUAUCUUGUGACUUGAUAAAAAAAUACACCCUAUCGUACCUCCAUUUUGGUGAGUGACUAGCAUGAAGAAAUGAAGACUAGCUUAAGACCCGCGCAGGCGCGAUUACCAAAGAGUCGAUCGUUUGUUUAUGUAUUUAAGAAAAUGGCCGACUCCUUGGCAAAGUAUGGGAUUUACAUUGAUGAUUUAAGUAAGAUCCGUGUAUUAGAGCCGGAAGUGGCUAAUCAGACGAGUAAGCUUAAAGAAGAAUGUCACAAUUUCGUUUCAAAAAUUGUUGAGUUCCAAUCAAAUUCCGAUCAAUUUAUACAAAUCAUAGAACAAUUAGCGAACGAAGUGGAAAAGGAAAAAAUGAAGACUAUCGGGACCCGAAAUUUACUUCGUUCCAUGGCGAAAGAAAGGGAUGCUCAAAAACAACAAAUUCAGGCACAGAUUGUUGAGAAGUCUAUGGAACUUGAGAGGCUCCGUAUACAAUACGAUUCCUUAAAGAAGAUCGAAUUGGAGCAGUUGGAAACAAUCGAACAAUUGUCAGUAAAUUAAUGAUCCGUCAUAUAAAAGAAAUUUAUAUCAGUUUUAUCAUUUUUUUUGUCACGAAUCGAGGAAUAUAAGUAAAGUUACCAAAGAUAAUUAGAGCGACAUAUAUUAUGAAACAAGAUAUUUAUACAUAAAUUUAUGACGAAGUUUGCAGUUAAAGACGGUAUCGGGGUUUAAACCCUUUUUUUAAUAAGACGGCAUCGAAUGUACAUACAUAUUGUGAAGGUUCUGAACCCCUGAAUCAGAAAGGCACGUCAGUUAAUUCUGAGUGAUACUAGGUACUGUUACUAGUAUUUAUAUGCUUCUGAUCACCUUGACAAUAUUAUUUUUUCCCCUUUUCUCGUAAAUGUUACGAUUACUUUCUUCAUAUAAUUAUAAACAGUUUCUCAUUACAAUUACUGUCUACUAACAGCCGCAAUUACAUGUGAGCAUUGGUAGAAGAUGAAUAACGAUAAAAACUCUAAAGCAAUUUCAAAGAUACCGCAGUUAAUUUACGUUAUUUACUGAUCUACUAGCUAUACUAUUUUAAUGAACAGAAAGUUCGCAUUUUUUUCUGUAAAUACGUAAAUGUCGCGAUAUUUCUAUAUUAAUGUUACGAUGAAAUAGUGGUAUUAUGAAAUUAUGUUCGUGAGAGAGAUAAAAAAGAAGCAGUAUUUCUAUAUGUAACUGGUUAAAAAUGUUACUUAAUUUUAUGCAUCAUCACCACGUAAAAAAUGUAUCGAUCUAGUCAUAUAGACGUGAAACUAUAAACAUACAGUGUGGAUAGAACGAUUUUGACUGAAAUAAAGUCUCUUAAAAAAACAGAUAAA